GCGGCGGCGGCGGCGGGCGGACGGCCGCGGAGACGCCGGGACCGGAAGACGCAGGAUAAGAAUUGCUUUUCUCUGAGAGCAACUAAGAAAGAACAGACUGGAAAGCCGGGAACCAGGACUGGCCUGAAUGUUCAUUCACACUUCCCGGGGCCAUGGUCCUGCAGGCUGGGACUCACGCCUGACUCAUGCCGUCUGCCCCUGAGCUCCACCCCUCAGCCCAGGCCUCGGCAUGGCGUCCUCCACAAAGCCUCAGGUGCUGCCAGAGGUGGUGCCUGGCUCUGAGGAGGAGCAGAAGGGGAAGCCUCUGGGCUCCUGGGGCUCUCUUUUUGGCCACCGGAGUGAGAAGGUUGUGUUUGCGAAGGGCGGGGCCCCGGAGGAGAGCCUGCUCACCGUCACCCUCACCGAGACCACCGUCAUCGAGUCGGGCCUGGGCGUGUGGAGCUCGCGGGCGCUCCUCUACCUCACGCUCUGGUUCUUCUUCAGCUUCUGCACGCUCUUCCUCAACAAGUACAUCUUAUCCCUGCUGGAGGGGGAGCCCAGCAUGCUAGGCGCUGUGCAAAUGCUGUCCACCACACUCAUCGGAUGUGUCAAGAUAUUUGUCCCUUGCUGCUUGUAUCAGCACAAGCCCCGGCCCUCGUACCCGCCCAACUUCAUCAUGACCAUGCUCUUCGUGGGCCUGAUGAGGUUUGCGACCGUGGUGUUGGGGCUGGUGAGCCUGAAGAACGUGGCGGUUUCCUUCGCUGAGACAGUGAAGAGCUCCGCGCCCAUCUUCACGGUGAUCCUGUCUCGGAUGAUCCUGGGGGAGUACACAGGGCUGCUGGUCAACCUGUCCCUUGUCCCUGUGAUGGGGGGGCUGGCGCUGUGCACUGCCACUGAGCUGAGCUUCAACGUCCUGGGGUUUUCGGCUGCGUUGUCCACCAAUGUCAUGGACUGCUUGCAGAAUGUCUUCUCAAAAAAGCUCCUGAGUGGGGACAAGUACAAGUUCUCGGCCCCGGAGCUGCAGUUCUACACCAGCGCAGCCGCCACGGCCAUGCUCAUCCCUGCCUGGAUCUUCUUCAUGGAUGUGCCUGUGAUUGGGAGGAGUGGGAAGAGCUUCAGCUACAGCCAGGACAUUGUGCUGCUGCUGCUGACAGACGGCGCCCUGUUCCACCUCCAGAGCGUCACCGCCUAUGCCCUCAUGGGGAAGAUCUCCCCAGUGACCUUCAGUGUCGCCAGCACCGUGAAGCAUGCACUGUCCAUCUGGCUCAGCAUCAUUGUUUUUGGCAACAAAAUCACCAGCCUGUCCGCCAUUGGCACCAUCCUUGUGACAGUGGGAGUGCUGCUGUACACCAAGGCCCGGCAGCGCCAGCAGGAGGCCGUGCAGAGCCUGGCCGCAGCGGGCACAGAGGCCCCGGGCCCCCAGGAGCCCCGACAGCACCACUGAGCACAGGACUCACUGAGCACAGGCUGCCCAACUGCCCCGUGCGCUGCACCGCCCCCCAGUGCGGGCCGGGCUGGAGGGGGGUGUGAGGCUCUUCUCCCUGGGACUCAUGUUUAAUGGUGAGUGCGGAGCACUGCAGGAGGGAGGGGGCAGGCGGCCACAGCUCACGGCCUGGCACACUUAAGGCUGCCCUGCGGUGACCGCAGCUCCUGGGUCAACCUGAAUGAGCGUGCCCCGCCUGGUGGUAGCUGGGAAGUUAUCACCAAGCCAGCGAAUCACAGAGACCCAUGGCUCCAGGCAGCCAGACCCAGAAACAAGGGCGGGGGUGCGGGGACUUAUUUCCCUCCCUGACUGCGCUUGGGUUUUCCUGAGGUCACCUGGGGACGCCAUUAAAUUGCCCGGGAAGGGCAGGGUCCCUUCUUGGCCUGGGCUGCCCUGAGUCCCCACCUCCUGCUGAUGCUGCCUGUCCUAUUCUGAGUCCCACGUGGGCAGAGCCUGGGUCCCUGAUGCUGGGGUUAGCAGCUCUGCCAUAUGUCUGUGCAGGGACACAUAGGACAGGGCAGAGCCUUCGUACCGAUUCAGUGACACUCUGUCUUAGCAAAGCAAGUGCCAAAGGUUUCGGGAGUCCCUGUGCAGGAGGUGAUGGCAUCCUGCGGGACCACGGCCAGGUGUGUGAGCCCCCCUCCUCGCCAGCUCAGGAGGGACAAAGGGGACCGUGCCCUGAGCCCUGGAGGCUGAGUUUUCAUUUCAUUCUUCAUCUCUGGAGUUCUGAGGGGGGCUUCGUUCUUCACCAGCCAGUCUUGGAGACCUUCUGCAUCAGCCUGAGCCCUGGGGCUCUUGGGCUGAAGCUGCUGGCACCGUCUAACUUCCCUUCCCUGCUCCUCAGGCCUUCGGUGCCCAUGACAGUCAUUUGUUUCCACUUGGCUUCCAGCCUGGAGAGUACAAAAGCAGCCCCUGCAGGAGGUUAACAUCUCAGAAAUAAAGAGCAAUAAUUACGCCUCAGUAACAUCUUCCUACUUGAAAGUCUGCCAUGAUGAAUAGAAAUGAGGCCUUUUAACCUGCAAGCCACCUUUUAAAACACUGCCCUCCUGUCUCUGGGACCAGCCAGCUGUGCAGUCUGCACUGAGGUCGCCUCUGCUGUGAAGAUGAUUUCACGACUUCAAAGAUGAUCUCGCCCAGGUUUCUCCUUCCUUUCCUCCAAAGAAAAUACAGUGGUGGCGGCCUGGGGAUGGAUGUGGGCUUGAUCUGCACAGCAAGCUCCCAAGCUUCUACAAGGAGGAAGAUGCAACUCUGUAGGCGUUAGUUGGAGGAGCCCCAGCCCUCCUGCAGACCACGCCUGAGGGUUCAGUGGCUUCCGAGUAUUGUUGGGAAUGCCUGGCCUGAGUGCCACAGUGGCUAGGAAGUGGCGUAAGAAACGAUUCCUCCUCCUCCUCCUCCCCCUCCUCCUCUUCCUCAACUUUCUCCUCCUUCCUCCCCCCCCCCAUUUUCCCCCAACCCCCGUAAACAAAAUAUUUUCUAAAGUUGUGAGCAAGUGAGGCAAUUUCCUGUGACACUCCUGAGACGCCUCCUCCCCCCAGGCUCUGGCCACACAUUCCUGCCCCAUCUCCUCACCACACCUUGCUUCCCACGUGUUGCUUCCCACAGUUGUCCCAGGACAGUUCGAAGCGCAGCCUGACCACUUAUGAUUGUACAGACAUUUUUUUAAAUUAAUGUUGUGUGGUACUUUUAUGUAGAAUAGUAUGUUCUCAUGUGCAGAAGCACUUGCACUGGGUGUUGUUACCUGGGUUAAUUCCUCCUUUAUCCAGGUCAUUGUCUGUGCCUUUGUAAGCUGGACAGAACUUCCAAGUGGGGCCUUCACUUGUUUGCCACAUAUUUGGAGGCAUACAAGUUUUGGAGUAUGGUUUAGUGCUUCAGCACUCUCCGGGGAGGUGUGAGCCUGGUAGCUCUGCUCAGACCCUCUGCCAGCCCUUUCGCUCUGGGUUGUUUUCAGGGAGGGUACUGCCUUUUGUCUGGGGUCCUCGACCAGGAUGCUGUCUAGGGCUCCCCCGUGGCUGUGUACUACCUGGCUUAUUUGUUGAAAUGAGCUGUUGCUAACUUUUUGCCCUGGUUGGCCUGAAACCUCCUAUCCCCACCUCCCAAGUGACUGAGGCUACAGCCAUGCACACAGCGCUGACCUAAAAAUACUUUUUUCUGUUAAUCAUAAAUUCCUCUAUAUCAACAUUAUAUAUCUGCUUAUGAAGUUGAGAAUACUCUUGCACAAUCCAAAAUGUGUCUUUAAUUUGAGAAAAAUAAACAUGGUGAAUCAGAGGCC